AAUGCAUGAAAGUCAGAUUCAGCAGAUUUAUUACAAUAUAUUUAAGGUAUUUUUUUUGCACAUUUUGCAAACUCUUCCUGUUUUAGGAAUAAGUUGAGAUUGAUUAUCCAAUUAAAUUGUUCCUCUUACUUGAAAUGCAUUAUAUUAUGCUUCACUAAGGGAGUUAAAUAAAGGAAGGAGUUUUAGUCAAUUUAAUUCCAUAAUUGGCUGAUAUAUCGAAUAAAUCUGAGCAAAACAGUCGUUUACUCAUAAACAAUUUUGUAGGAAUAAUGUACAUACUUUCUGUGUAGAAAAUAAAGCGUACAGCAAAGCAACAAAUUCCCAAUCAUUCCACGCCCACAACAUCAGGCAUCAUAAUUUAGGAAGAAUUUUCCUCGCGAUCAUGUGAUUAAAAUUCAAUCUAAUGAUCAAGAUUACUUCAUAAUAUAUCUUCGUACCUUUAAUUAUUCAACGAUGUUCUAAUAAGGAGAAUGCAAAGAAGUCAUAAAUGGUUUUGUUAGCAUAACACAUGAGGAAGAAAAAAAUGUUUAGAGAACAAUGAGUGGAAAAAUUCGUUUUUUUUUCUUUAAAGGCAAAUAACACGAUUAAGUGUUAUUUGAUCGAAAUGAUACAAAUAAUUCUUUCAAUUAUUUGUCAAAUUGUGGAAAGAAUUUCAAAAUCUCUCGCUUCACCAUCUGCCUAAAUAGAGACUCCCCCAAAAAUACCGAAUAUUCAAAGCGAGGCGAUGAUGCGAGGGAGUGUCUGCAGAUGAUCAAAUAUCCUCUGUGCGGGGGGUGACGAUAUUUGCGUGCGCAUGAUGAGGAAUUGGUGACGAAGGAGUGAUGAAUGUUAGAUGUGAUGGUGACGCAGUAAAUGGAAGAUUUUGAAGGGUAUAAGAAGAUCUGGAGUAACCUGGUAAAAGCACACUUCAGUGAUCCUUUCCGUGGAAUCAACACACAGAGAAGAUCUUUCGCAGCAUCAAAAUGAUGUCUCUACGCUUUGUGGCCCUCGUUGUCGUGGCUCUAGCUGGAUCCACUCUGGCUAAGGAGAAGACUUCGGCUCUUCCCAUCAAGGUGACUCUCGGUCAGGGCAGCUACUGCAGUGGAACAACCAUUUCCAGCACUCAAAUUCUCAUUCCAGCAACAUGUGUAAUGUCUGGAAUGGGCAUGGAUGUGAAGGUACGCCCUGAGGGGAUUCCCAUUAAUGAUUCCGGUGAAAUGUACCGCAUCAAUCGCAUCGUAUACCAUCCCGAUCGUAACUACAUGGAUAUGAGCAAGGAGUACGCCAUUGUGACGGUGGACAGGAAAAUUGACGGAGGCAAGGACUUCAAGGCUGCCAAAUUGGCUAAAGAUGAUGUGACCAUCCCAGAGGGAGAGACUGUCACCACUGUUCGUGUUUCAACUGAAAUGCCCACAAUCUCCUACUACUGGCAGGCUCUUGUGUAUCAAGACUUGACUGUGGUCAAUGAUGCCAAGUGCAAGGAGCGCUUCCCUGAUAUGUGGUCUGAUUCCUUCAUCUGCGUCGGCCCUGCUAACCCAGAUACCAGUGACCCCAAUAAUCAGUGCCAAGGAAAUCAAGGUGCUCCUCUUGCGUGGAAUGGGAAGAUCGUUGCCGUGGCUAGUUGCGAGCUUUCCUGCUAUGGUGAUCUCUGCGCCUACAGGAAAAUCUCUUCUUUUCAAUCCUUUAUUGAUCAGAACAAGAACUAGAAGGGAUAUCUAGAAGAGCUAAAUGGAACCUUAUAAUGGCUGACCCUGGCAAUAUAUUUUUCUUCAAAAACCUAUUUCAUUUGUAAUUUUGAAUUCAAUAAAUUCUUUAGCAGCAAAA